AUGAGUAGCCCAAAGAUCAAACUCACAAACCGUGUUCCCGCUCCGAGAGAACGCGCCGAAAUUCAAAGGGUCAUCAAACGAGAUGAAGAGGAGCUUGCUCGUCUUAUAAAGGAUCUCGAACUCGUAGAAAAACAGAUUACUACCCAAGGAGAGAUUAUACACAACUACAAGGAGGCACUCACAAUGGCCGACUCCAUGCGUCGUGUUACUGAGAGAGCACGCAAAACCAUGGCUGGGAACGGGAACAUACUCGCCGUCCACAGUGCCAAUACGUCGGUUAGAGUUUCCUGCGACGAGACCUCAUACCAGAAAUAUGAAGAUAUCUAUAAAGAAAUCAAUGCGAUAAGGAAAAUCGCUAUCGAAGAGGCACAGAAGGCCACCAACAAGAUUGCUCAGCUAGAUGCCUCCAUAAGAGGCACAAAGCGAGACUUGGAGAGUGAAGAAUCCCUUCUGGAAGUAUACGAGUUUUCCAAACAGGACAUCUCUGUCAUGAUAGCUCGACUACAAGAAGGUAUCGCCAUCAAGAAGAACUUGGCCAGCGCAAGGCGCAUCGUUCCAGUAGAAGUUUGGGAAUAUAUCUUUCUCCUCUGCGUCUCAGAGGAAGAGGCCUUGUUUGGUGAUAAUCAACGUAAUGGACGUCCGCCGUUUACAGCUCUUAAACUCUCAGGAGUCUGUCGACAGUGGCGAGACAUAGUGACCGGGCAACCCAAGCUCUGGCAAUGUAUAGCAAUUCCACACCAUGAUAAGAUUAGCACCGGUCAAAGGGGACGAAUCUCAUACUACAGAGCGCAGUGCUCUCCUCUCCUUCCCAAAGUCUAUACAUAUACACAUAAUGUGCUCGUUGGAAGCUUCACUGUUGACCUUGUUGACUUUAUGCUGGACACCUUCAGCAAAUAUAGCGAACUGGAUCUACUUGCUCGGCCAUUUAGUGUUAUGCGAGGACCGAAUCACAUGCAAGUUUUGGAAAGAUUAGUACCGAGAACAGAUGUCCUAAAGCUUACAGGAUAUUGCGAAUGGAGGCGUCCGUGCCCAGCAGCAAACCUUGAUUUUCUCCAAAAUACCAAGCAUCUCAUAGUCAUAGGCCAAAAUAUGGACCUAAGGGGCAUUUCUAACAGUGCCGAAAACCUCACCCUCACUUCCCUCAAUCUCACGGAGGUCGCUAUGCAAACAGAAAUAUUCCCUGGCUGGCUACAACCACUGAAGAAGCUCAGAUAUGUGGAAAUGUUCAAAGUCACUUUUACCCCAGCUGCCGUUGUCGAUACUAUCGAAAUGCCAGCUAUGGAGCAUCUUCUCUGUGAUUUUAGUAUAUAUUCUUUUAUUUCCCGUUCCAUGAACGCACCGAGGUUGAAGCAGCUCGAUUUGAUCACUGCCAAUAUCGAAGAGUUACAUGCACACGACUGGGACACAAAAUUGGGCACAAAUUUUCACAAAAAUGUUCGGACCCUCACCAUAGCCCACAUGUCAACACAAAUACUCGAGUUUGAUGAACUUGAGCGCAUACUUGACUGCUUUCCCAAUGUUAUGCACCUGGGGCUCGGUGGCACCUCGAUCACCUCUGGCCUCCUCUCCCUCACAAACCUUAGUCGAAUCGCAAAUAUGAAGAGAUUGACGCUCAUGAAUAGCGAGAUCAAAGAGGAGGAGCUUUCAUCGUUUAUGCGGAGGGUCGCCACCUCGCAUCAGAGAACGCCAGAGCUAGUCAUCUUGGGUUGCGCCAACGUUGACCCUAUCCAACCAACGAAUCGCGUUCCUACUCUCAGAGAGCGCGCAGAGAUUCGACAUCUUAUCAAUCAAGAUCAAGAAGACGUCGUGCGCCUUACAAACACCUUGGAGACGCUAGAAAAAAAGUCUAUUGCGCAAAAAGGAUUCAUACACAACUAUGAAGAGGCGCUCGCGAUUGCCGAAGCCAUGCGCCGGGUUGCGGAGAAAACGCGCGAUGUCAUGGCCGAAAGCGAGAAUAUGCUCCAGCCACACGAUGCGGACACUUCUGUCAAAAGUGAGGGACAAUCUUAUCACAAACACCAACGCCUGUUCCGUGACGCUCAGGCCACGAGGCGAAGCGCCGUCGAAGAGGCGCAAAAGGCCACUAGAAAGAUUGCUGAGAUGGAUGCAUCGAUCAGAGAUAUCCAGCAAGAGAUCAAGGGCGAGCAAUCGGUUCUGGCCGUGCUCGAGAUGUCAAUGCAAAGCACCAUUACUUCGAUUGAGCGGGUAAAAGCUGAUAUCGCCCUUAAAGAGGCGGUGAUCAGUGCACGGCAUUUUGUCCCGGUCGAGAUUUGGAGAGAUAUAUUCUCCUUCAGAGUGUCCGAGGAUGAAGCCUUGUUUUAUGAUAACAAACGCAAAGGUAUUCCUCCAUUUACGGCUUUGAAACUCUCAGCUGUGUGCCGGUAUUGGCGAGAUAUCGUCACGAGCUCUGCAGAGCUAUGGAAAUACAUAGCGGUUCCUCAUCAUGAUCGCAUCACCGUCGGUCAACGGGAUCGCAUUACGUACUAUCAUAAUCAAUGCACGCCCCUACUCCCAGAGGUUUAUACCUACUAUCACGCAUGCGACGGCAUCCCGUAA